AUGGCUGGCCUUCCAGCCGGCUGUGAAAUCCUUGGGGCCGUAAAAAUCAAGGAUGGGCUCUUCGUCGGUGAUGAACUCGCAGCUCAAGAUUUGGAGUUUGUUGUUGCCAACAAGGUGACACGAGUCAUCAACUGCGCUGGGCGACAGGUCCCGAACCAUUGGGAAAGCAUCGGUGUAGCGUAUCUGACCUAUUACUGGAUAGAUGCCGACAGCCAAGUCAUUCUCGAUCAACGUGCGAGACCCAGUAAAACACGUUUCACAUCCAACUCCGCCUGCACCACAAGUGCUGGCACCAUUAAGUGA